AAAAACAAACAUUAAGGCAUAUGCUAUGGCUUGUGCGCAUGUGAAUACGCGUUUAAAUUAUUAUUAUACAUGUGAAUAGCUUUCUAUAACAAACCGCAACAAUCUUAUUUUGAUGGAUGACUCAUACGAAGAUGAAGAGCAUCUUGAGGAGGAGGAUGUGAUUCGUUCCUCACCUCCGACUAGUGCGCGCGAGGAAAGCUUGUUUUUCUUCAAAGGAAUCUUUUAUCAGCGAUUAUUCCGGAGCCAGCUGCGACCUAAGAAGGUGGCAAAACAGGACAUCGGAGGAGACACCAUGCACGAUGCUCUUUUUUCGCUUUGGCAGAAAGUGGAGAAGUAUGUACGUCGGGAAGUAGUUUUUCGUGACGAUGUCCCUUAUUGGGAUGAGAAGGAGCAACCUGACAUAGACGAUAUUGAGCGGUUUGUCACUCUGCAGGUUAAGGAAAAGAAGAAAAAAUAUUCUGUUACUGAUUUAAAACAUCGAACAAUCACAAAAUGGCGUGGAAAGCCAAUUAAUAUAUAUGUGUAUAUAUAUUCAACUAAUGUUGUAACUAAUGCACAGUACCAGAGCUUACUGCGAAAAUUGGUAACUCCAGAAACACCGGAUCGUUCAGGUGUACACUCGGUUCGUAAUGAUACGGAGCUGGCUAAUGAAUUGCGUAGAAGACAUCGUGACCUCGAGGGACACUUUAGUUCUUGGCUAAUGUGGGCCAAUCUUAUCAACUCUUUGCCAGCACAUAAACGAGACCAAUUGAAACAGGCUGAUGCACAACCUGUUGAGUUAGCAAAGUACUUUCGCUGGGCAACGGUUUCUGAGGUAGCUCGCCUUCAGGCAGUGCAUCGAGGAAUGGUUGUGGCGAAUACAAUCAAUGAAGGUUGGAUGCAAGGCAUUGCGGAUGUCAAGAGCGAUUUGAGAUUGGCUUGCAAAAUACUGCAGAAUGCUAUUCAAAAGGUAGAAGCGAUGCAAUCAAGAGGACUAUAAGGAACUGAAAUAUGUUCUACUUCAGAAACUACAAUGCGCCCAGAAGAGACAGAACUAAGUGAAAAUUUGUCUGCAUCUGUGACUGAC